CUGUCCGUUCGCAUGCAAAUAGAAGGCUAUAAGUAGGGCGCUGCAGGCACUUGUACGAGUUAUGGUUUGGUUUGUUACAUCUGCUUUAAAGUAGAAUUGCUCAUCCUAAUAAAAAGAGGCUGGGCAAGGGGAGUUGCAGUCCUAUCAUCCACAAGCCCCUGCGCGUUUCCCUGCUGCUGUCCCUUUCUUAAAGAUAAUAUUGUGUCCUGUUCGACAUUUUGUUUGAGUAAUCUAGUGCUAUAACUAUGGCUCCAUCCAUCACACCAAACAAGCACCGUGCAAGCCAGGAUGAGGAUGAUCUGUUUGGAGUUAAAGGAGGAGAUCGCAAGGCACGGAAACCUCUGGUAGAAAAGAAGAGGCGGGCUCGAAUAAAUGAGAGUUUGCAAGAGCUGCGGCACAUCCUUUCAGAUUCGGAAUUCCAAUCGAAGAUGGAGAACGCAGAAGUGCUGGAGCUAACCGUGAAACGCGUGCAAGCUAUCUUGCGUGGCCGGGCCUCUGCAGCUGACAGGUUGCACCGAGAGGCGAGUGAACGUUUUGCUGCAGGCUACAUUCAAUGCAUGCACGAGGUGCAUACUUUCGUGUCCAGCUGUCCUGGCAUCGAUGCCACAGUUGCAGCAGAGUUGCUCAAUCAUCUUUUGGAGUCUAUGCCGCUGAACGAGGGCAGUUUCCAGGAUAUGCUUGUGGAUUUAAUAUCUGAUGUGGCUAAUAGCAACACUGUGUCUGCCAGUGAAGGUAUAUGCCCUUCAUCAGACUCUGUUGGCCUCCACAGUCCGUACUCCAUGACUGCUUAUAGCACCUUGAGUGAUGACAGCUGCUCAGAAGUAGAUGAAGCAGAUGCUGCUGAACAAAGCCAACUUCUGCAAGAGACUGACUAUAGUCCCAGGACACAAACCACUCCAACUGUCAUAUCGAAACCAAUGUGGAGGCCGUGGUAGUGAGUGCAUCUCGCACGCAACGCAAAAAGAAACUACCUAUCUGAGCAGGACUCCUAUUGUAAAGGCGCAACACAGUUAUGUCUGAGUUUUGUUCUGUAAAUAUGGCACUGAAGACUCAGACCUCUGUCAUGGUGAUUGAUGCCUUUAACAUUUCCAGUAGCAUUUUGGUGAGCGUUUUGAGAUGGACUGAACGUGUUACUUUUUGCUGGAGAAUGCUGUUUGGUAACAAGCAAGUAACUACCUGAGCUAUUUUUGCUGCAAAACCAUGGACGUCUGGACUGUUGGCAUAAGUGGACAUAUACAAAAGCACAUUGCGGUUGGGCUGAAACUGGACAUCCCAUAGUGGUACUCUGAUUAUGCACUUAAGUAUGUUACUAUACGGGCAGGGUCCUUUUAAAAUUGACACUUUUGUUAUUUGCUUAGAAAAUGUAUAUGCACAGAAAUGUAAAUGUAUUGUAGUGUAUAGAUGUCAUAUAUCCCUAAAAGGGAUAGGCUUGGCUAAUAUUGAUAUUAAUAAGGGUUUCAUAAUUUUCUGCCUUCAAUGAAGGAAGAAUUUAAGGGGAUUAGAAGUGGGUGUGCAGUUUUAAUGGUGCUGUGUAUGUGGGAAUGUACAGCCAUACCUCUUAACAUAUUUAGUACAAUUGAUGUGUUGAUUGUGCAUUAGUAUGUGUGUUUGAUAUUUCUCUGUAGUCCUGUUUUGCACAGUUAAGCAUUAAAAAUACUGACCACUUUAAUUUCUUUGUAAAUAUCCUAAUAAAAAGCACUCAUUCCUUGCUGAA